UCAUCUUUUUGCGCAGAACAAGCGGUUGUUGACAGGCCGCAGAGGCGGCCGUAGGGGAGCUGCGGGGAUCCUAUCAUGCCUGACCGGGCGAGCUGUCCUGGGCCGAGGCCUUUGGGCUGGAUCAGAUGCAGAGUUUGGAGGGCUCCGGGGCCGAGAGGUCAAAUACCAAGGCUUUCUAAAGUGAACCUUUUCACUCUGCUCAGUCUCUGGAUGGAGCUCUUCCCAGGAGUGGAAGCUCAAGGGCAAAAAUCUCAGAAAACUGAAGAGGAAAGCCGUGGUCCCUUAGGAGAUAAUGAAGAGUUUACCAGAGUGUCUACUGAAAAAAAACAGGUGAAGAAAACUGGUCUUGUGGUGGUGAAAAACAUGAAGAUCAUUGGUCUUCACUGCUCCAGUGAAGACUUACAUACUGGGCAAAUUGCUCUUAUUAAGCAUGGGUCCAGGCUGAAAAACUGUGAUCUUUAUUUUUCAAGGAAACCAUGUUCUGCUUGUUUGAAAAUGAUAGUGAAUGCUGGAGUUAACCGAAUUUCUUACUGGCCUUCUGACCCAGAGAUAAGUUUGCUCACUGAGGCUUCUAGUUCUGAAGAUGCAAAGCUAGAUGCCAAAGCCGCAGAAAGAUUAAAGUCAAACAGCCGGGCCCACGUGUGUGUCUUACUGCAGCCGUUGGUGUGCUACAUGGUGCAGUUUGUGGAGGAAACCUCUUACAAAUGUGACUUUAUUCAGAAAACUGCAAAAGCGUUGCCGGGUGCUGACACUGAUUUUUAUUCUGAAUGUAAACAAGAAAGAAUAAAAGAGUAUGAAAUGUUAUUUUUGGUUUCAAAUGAAGAAAUGCAUAAGCAGAUACUGAUGACUAUAGGUCUGGAGAACCUGUGUGAAAACCCCUAUUUUAGCAAUCUAAGGCAAAACAUGAAAGACCUGAUUCUACUUUUGGCCACAGUAGCUUCUAGUGUGCCCAACUUGAAACACUUCGGAUUCUACUGUAGCAGCCCAGAACAGAUUAAUGAAAUUCACAAUCAGAGUUUGCCACAGGAAGUUGCAAGGCAUUGCAUGGUGCAGGCCAGGUUAUUGGCAUAUCGAACUGAGGAUCAUAAAACAGGAGUUGGAGCUGUCAUUUGGGCAGAAGCGAAAUCUAGAAGCUGCGAUGGGACUGGAGCCAUGUACUUCAUAGGAUGCGGGUACAAUGCGUUUCCCGUGGGCUCUGAGUAUGCUGACUUCCCGCACAUGGAUGACAAGCAUAAGGACAGAGAAAUACGGAAGUUCAGAUACAUCAUACAUGCGGAGCAGAACGCUUUGACAUUUAGAUGUCAAGAUAUAAAACCAGAAGAACGCAGCAUGAUUUUUGUGACAAAAUGCCCUUGUGAUGAAUGUGUGCCUUUAAUUAAAGGUGCAGGCAUAAAGCAGAUCUAUGCUGGUGAUGUAGAUGUUGGAAAAAAGAAAGCAGACAUCUCUUACAUGAAGUUUGGGGAGCUUGAGGGUGUUCGCAAAUUCACAUGGCAGUUGAAUCCGUCUGAAGCUUAUAGUCUUGACCCAAAUGAGCCUGAAAGGAGAGAAAGAUCAGCCACAACCGCUUGUCUUUGACACACUUUGGGGCCCUUUCCAUGAAACACUGGCUCUUAGGAUCCCUGGUACUGGAGGUGAGUGACUGGAUAAAGGCACUUGCCACCAAGCCUGACAACCUGAGCUCAAUCCCCAGAACCCACCGGAAGGAAGGACGGAUGAACGGAUGGAAGGACGGACGGACACAGAGGCAGGGGAAGAAUUUAUCAAGAGAUUCUUGGUACCAGCAGUACCAACCACAUGCACUGAGUUGAGUGAAUUGUUUUACAAGAGGAAAAGACAAUGCACUUGGUCUAACCUGGGGUCUGGGUGACUCAGGGCUGGUGACAGGGGAGGUGGAAUGGACCAGGGGUUUGCAGUUUUCUGGUUUCUCUGUGGCCCAGCAGAUCCCUUGUUGAGCGCCUGGCUACUGUUGAAGCAGGUGUAGUCCUGGCUUGAGUCAGGAAGACCAUAAAGGGGACACUGCAUGGUGGCUCUCUUCUGCCCCAUCACCCCUGGAACUCUAUCUGCUGCAGGUAUCAUGACAUUUAUUUACUGAAAUUCAAGCACCCAAGUGCUGGGCCCCUAUGGUGAGUGCCCAGCUUGACAAGUAAUGGAGUCUAAUCGAAAAAGAGAGAAAAAACAAAACAAAACAGAAAUCUUGAUGAACUAAAUGGAGUUGGGAAAGUGUGAUUUGCUUAUUGCAGACUGAACUGAAAGCAGCCUUGAUUUUCCAAGGAGGCCAGUAUGCAUUCCCUCCAACACGUCUGUGCAGAGCUCUGUCAUGCAAACUGCCCUCUGAAUCGAGCCCUUGUUGGUGUCCUCCAGCCUCACUGCUGAUUUCCCUUUGCUUUUAUAACACAAGGAAACCAACCUGGACCAUGGUGUUUUAGUGCUUGCCACUGCUGGUAUUUGAGGCUGUGUCAUGGGGACUGUCUGAAGUUCUGGGGCUGAUCCCACGCCCAUCCCAGGAUACAGCUGCAGCAAAUGCAAGACCGACUGUGAAUAUCAGCACGUGUUACCAUGUGGAAUCUUAAUUAUAUAUAAUUUACUGCUUUCAGAGCUGACUUUGAAAGCCACUGACAUAAAAAACUUUUAAGUAUUUGACUCAAAAAAAAAAAAAAAGUUAGAUCCAAAGAUCAUCUCAUGUGACCACGGCUCUAGAGCUCUUCUAGAAUUCCUUAACAUUUGAGGAUAAUGAUUUCCAUCAUAUGAUGUUGAGAGGGGUUUUUGUGAAUCAGGUUUGAUGUGGAGUAGCAAGAACAACUAAAAGAAGCAGUGAUCAGCUGAGCUGCCCAGAGAGGUGUAGACUGGUUCCGAUGCUUGGAAGAGACUUAGAGCUACCUACAAGGCAUUUUCUCCACCCUGUCAAGCUACCUGAGGUUGUACAGUGUACUCCAGGCUUCCAGCUUUCAUUAGCCAUCACCCAUGCCGGGGUGGGCAUUGGUGAGUGAGGCAGAUGUCUUUGAGUCACUUCUGCUCCUAUAAGCAAUGCUUCCCCCAUAUUCCUGUAAACAACCUAAUAAAUUUGUUGAU